CAUAGCCGCUCCCCGGGCAACGAAGGAGGAGAAGCCGACGAACCACUCUCUCUUCCUCUCUCCCUCAACUGUCGCUCUCUCUUUUCGUUUCUCGUUCUCUCUGUCUCUGUCCGACGGGUGUCCCGGGUGUCCGCGUUGCGGUACGCGUUUCUCGGCGGCGGCGUCGUUCUAACCUACAUCCCGGGGUCUGGAGUAUCAACCAGCGUGACUCGUCGUCUCGCACGCGCGCGGACCGACGAUCGUACGACCGACCGGACGAGCACCCGGCGGGGCGAGGAGAGAGUGACGUGGGAACCUGAACACGCGAUCUGUCUACGCGAGCGGCGUGUGCAUCUGACGAGAGUGCGUAGAGACGGUGCUGCUAACGAGACGUCGACGUCGUCAUCGACAACGACGACGAUCAAGGAGAGAGCGCGUAGAUGAGCAGCGAGCGAGAGCAACGUGGUGAACGCGCGGCACGUUGACGUUUCCCUUUAACAGCGGGCGGUGGAGAGAGCUUUGUGUGGGUGACCCAUCGACGUGGGUAACCGCUGUCCAGCAUCGAAUGCCAUUGAAAGCGCGAGGGUGAUCAGGGCUACGGUUUACGAUAGUGCCGGCCCAGGCAUUCGGAGAAUCCUAACGAUAAGUGGACGGCGACGCGGCUGGCCGAAACGCGGUGCGACCACUUGACGGCUGGAGAAUGCGGCACUUUCUAGAAGUUUGUGUUCGUACGUAUGAUCGCCGGCGUUUCGUAACUGACAUUAGAUACACGAUGCGUACUCGAUCGGAACGGGGGAACGGCGACGUGAUGUUCGUUGGCGAUCGCGAAUAGAAUUAGGAAUUCGUGAACGCGGUGGGAUCUUUCGGUGCGAAAGAAUUUGUGACGAGAGCCGUGAACUUGAACGAUACUCGAAAUUGUGUGCGCCAUGUCAGUGUAAGUGUUCGCUGUCAUUGGAUGAACGCGCUUCGUGCGAAUGGAACACACCGUGGUGUCCAUGCCGAUUCGUACGCGUUACCGACGCUGCGAUCGUCGACAAAACUCUAAACAUAAUUGAAAUAGAUUGUCUCACGUGAAAAAUGAAGAAUGCGAUUCGCAUACAACGACAAGUAUAAAUGCUUAAUUGGCAAUUAUUAAACUUUGAAAUGACGUAAGCGUAAAUACCGAGAUAGUAAAUUUAGAUACCGUUAAGCACGAUGCUAAGGAUUCAAAGUAUCACCUUUAAACGCACAUUAAUCUCACGUCCAAAAUGUUUAUCCGCUGUAGUGAUACAAGAGUGUCUUUGUGUUGACGCGAAUAAAUGAGAGUUCGAAGAACGAAGAAAAAGUGAUCGAAAUACGAUGAGUCCUUACGAUUGAAUUGCGAAAAUUAGUACUUGCUGGAGGAAAAAUCAAGUUCCGCAAAGAACUUUCUGUGCCAAUAAACUGCGAUUGUCCGUGUGAGAUUACGUUGCACAAUAAACCCACGCGUUUUAUGAGACGCAGUUUUCUAGAAGAAAAGCUCCACUCGAAAGGAGGGCUCACAGUCAAUAAUGUGCCGCCGAGUGUCUACAGAUCAAGUACGCACGACAUUCGCCGGAGAAUUUAAUUAAGCGUUCAAACACCUGGAAUACCUACAAGCCAAGCGCAUAGGUUCAAAAUUUCUCGCCAGUGGCAAAGUCGACCGUAUGGUCAGACGGUCAUCGCGAGCGUCACGAAUCGAACGACGCCUCGUAACGUAAUCAACUCUACAAACGACGAUAAGUGCAAACAUUUAAAUAUGAAUAGCUAUUUAUAGCGUGUUGUUUAAUUUCGGAAAUUUUCGAAAAAUUCGCUUCGCAAGUGGGACGCGACCUUCGUCUUUUUCCGUUCUUUGAUUCGACGCUUCAAAGUGCAACGCUGAUCGCUACGCUUUAGAGUACGGUGAAACCAAAGAAAGUAAGAAGCCGGACGCGAAGCAACACAUACCUGGUGACACGGUCUAUUGAUAGCUCGAUCACGGCGGCGUCAAGCAGCAACGUGUUGGCACGUGUGUGGCAUUAAGCGAACCACCGCGAACAAUAGAUCGUGAUAAUUCGAUUGCCGGUGCAUCUGACGCCUCAAGUUCCGGCUUUCACCUGUCCGAUAUAUCGUCUGUACGGCACGCGUGUAAUCGCGGCUCAUUAAGCGUUACGAGCUUAAACGGCGUUGGCUGGUUUGAUCGCGCCGCUCUGCUCGCCAUGUAACGACAUAACGACGUGUCUCGACAAGCCACGUGGAUUUUCCGGACGAUUCUGUGCGACAAAUUGCCGAUUCGAAGCGAUUACUGAUUUCGCCUCACGAUUGCACAAUUCAACAUUGCGUUGACGAAUCUCCGAGCCGAUCGCAAGUCGACGCGAAGUCGGCUUGACUUUCCGCAGCGGCCAAGAACAGUAUUCUUACUUCGCUUAUUGAAAGCGGAACGGAAUUCUGCCGCGGAAGUGUGCCGAUUAUUGCACAUUGCGAUACUCCGUGAAAGUGCCGUACUGUGAGGAAGUCCAAGUGUCGUUCGUCGAUCGUCGACCGAUCCGCCGAUCUUCCCCGGCAACGAGUUUCUCCUUCUCGGAUUCGUGAUGCCGCAGCGUCCUGAUCACGUCGUCGUUACGACACAUCACGAGCUGCGCGCGAAGAGAUAAUGAAAGCGGCCGCUCAACGUGUGCGAAAACAAGAGUAGAUAUCAUCGCGCCUCUCCUACGUCGUCACGUCAAGAACGAGCCUCCUGGCGUCGACGGGUCGGACGAAGAGUAUCGAGUGUAUCGCUGCGAGUGGUUAAACGUGCAGAAGAGUAGGCGAGAGCGCAGCGGCGGCACGUGAGACGAGUGUCGUCGCUCCGAGACACUUGUUGCACACCGGCCGUCCCUUAAAGAGGGUUUGCUGUCGGCGUCGAUAUCGGGCCACGGGCGUUCAUCGGUCGCGUGGGAAAGACACGGACUCCGUGGUUGUACGUCGUCGGUGCCGCGGUAAGCGCGAGGAGUGCGGGAACGCGUCCACGCCGGACGACGCGCCAUCGGUUCGAGCGUAGCCGCCGCGGCAUGUCGCUCGACGGGACGGUCGCGGAUGACCGCGUGGCGAGCGACGCGUGCCUCGUAUUACAUCCGUCGAUCGUCGUACGCGAGGAAGAACGCGCGGGCGCCGCCGUCCCGAUCGCGACGCUCGGUGGCCGUUAGCGUGUCGGUGGUAGCGAUCGACGCCGAAAGCGACGACGUGCUCGACAGGCGUCGCGUAGCAUGCCGUCGAUCGUCGCGCGACGACGACGUCGUAUUCCUUCUCAAUUGGUCGGCCGUCAUCACUGCUCUUCACGUCGGUGCGCGCGAACGCUCGAUCGGCACGAAUAAUAAUUAUAAUCGGUGACGCGACAAGCCGGAGACGCGAGAGUAGUUCGGCAGCAGAGGGCACGCAGACGCGUAACUCGAGGCUCGCUGAAUCGGUAUUGUACCGAGGAUCGAGAGAGAGAGAGAAAAGAGAGAGAGAGGGAGAAAGAGAGAGAAAGAGAGAGCGAUCAUGUGCCACGCUCGGUGACAUCGGUCGCGUUUGUGCGCGGCGUUACCGUUGGCGGUAUAACGUAGUCAGCGGAGAGAGCAGAGCUACCACUGCGGGGCAACUAUCACCACGUGGUGGAUAUCCCCGGGCGUGUAACCGGGCGGUUUCGGCCAGAACAAAAGGAAACGUAGACCGGAAGGCUGGAUCACCUCCGUGGAAUGUCUUCGGGCGCCAAGCGACUGGUGCAGUCGCUUAGGGGCCGGAGCGCGGGGAGGGGCGCCGGCGGCGGUCGUUCCGACGCCGGUGCCGGGGACGACAGCGGCGUCGGCGGCGGCGGCGGGGCCAGCACCAGCGCGACGAGACUGUGCCACUACGACAGUGGCCACGAGCUCGAUGAGAUCUCGGUGAUCGGGGCUAACGUGAGGAGCGAGGGGCUGACGACGCCCACCACACCGUGCCACUGCAGGAGCAUCAAAUACGGCAGCGGACAAACGCUUUGCAGCAUCCCCGGAUUACCUGCACCCACCGCAUCCGCGCACAGAGCACAGUCCGGCGUCAUCACAUCGACUGGUGUCGGUGUGAGGCAUCGUCUGAGUGUCGGCUCCGCGUCCGGUCUGAGCUGCGGGGGCGACAAGUACCGCGACGGCAGGAGUGGUAGGACCGGCGACGGCAGAGCCGGGGGCAGCGGCAGGGAGAAGGAGGAUGACACCAAGAGCGCGGAGAACGUGUCCAGGGGAGUUUUACCCUCGAGGCAAAGCCUCUUGGACCUCGUCAGCGGUAAAUUCAUGGGCCGACACACACCCACGCACCACUACUACUACCAGCAGCAGCAGCAGGUGUACUCUGUGUCGCAGCGAUACUUCAGCUCGUCGCGCGAUUCGCUUUCGGGCGCGUACGUGAACCGGGGAGCAAGCGAGCUCGAUCUGAGCCGUAAGCCAAGGAGAAGGGACCAGCUGAGGGGCAGAUUUAAGCUGCCGUACACAGUUGCGCUUACGGCCUCGCGCGACCAAUCGCACUUGCACACACCGGCGUCGGUCAAUCAUCUGAGCAACAGCAGCUGCAACGGCACUGAAACUAGAUAUACGGCACAUCAACAGCAACAGCAACGUGGUAGUAGAGGAUACCCUGGGCAAUCUGGAUCGAGGAAUUUUCGCACGGGCGCGCCGAAUUGGUCCUUCAUCUUCGAUCCUGCGGGACGCCUCUGUUACUAUUGGUCGAUGGUGGUUUCCCUUGCCUUUCUUUACAACUUCUGGGUGAUCAUCUAUAGGUUCGCCUUCCAGGAGAUCAACGGAGAGACUCGUUGGGUGUGGUUCUGCCUGGACUACUUCUCGGAUUUUUUAUACGUGCUCGACAUAAUAUUUCACAUUCGAACGGGAUACUUAGAAGAUGGCGUGUUACAAACCGACGCCACGAAACUGAGAAAUCAUUAUACGAACAGCACCACGUUUUACAUAGACAUCCUGUGCCUGCUGCCCCUCGACUUUUUAUACUUAUCUAUAGGAUUUAACAGUAUGCUGCGAAGUUUUAGACUCGUAAAAAUUUACCGGUUCUGGGCGUUCAUGGACAGAACUGAGCGACACACAAACUAUCCAAAUUUGUUUCGCUCCACCUCCUUGAUACAUUAUUUACUGGUGAUCUUUCACUGGAACGGGUGCCUCUAUCACAUUAUUUAUAAGAACAACGGCUUCGGCAGUAAGAACUGGGUGUUCAGCGACUCCGAAACGGCAGACGUUGUCAAGCAAUACUUGCAGAGCUACUACUGGUGCACACUUGCCCUGACGACCAUCGGUGAUCUUCCCAGGCCGAGAAGCAAGAGCGAAUAUCUUUUUGUGAUUGGUCAGCUGCUCUUCGGUUUGCUGCUAUUCGCAACGGUGCUGGGUCACGUCGCAAAUAUCGUCACAUCCGUCAGCGCGGCGCGGAAGGAGUUUCAGGCGAAGCUGGACGGCGUGAAGACGUACAUGAGGAUGAGGAGAGUGCCGAAUCAUUUGCAGGUGAAGGUUAUCAAAUGGUUCGACUAUCUGUGGCUGACGCAGAAGUGUUCCGACGAGGAGAAAGCAGUGAGUUGUCUUCCGGAUAAAUUGAAGGCAGAGAUCGCCAUAAACGUUCAUCUGGACACGCUGAGGAGAGUCGAGAUCUUUCAGAACACGGAAGCUGGCUUCCUGUGCGAGCUGGUGCUGCGACUACGGCCUGUUCUUUUCUCACCUGGCGACUACAUUUGCCGCAAAGGUGAGGUGGGAAAGGAGAUGUACAUAGUGAAUAGGGGCCGACUGCAGGUGGUGGCCGACAACGGGAAGACGGUGCUCGCCACCCUUAAGGCGGGUUCCUACUUCGGGGAGAUCAGCAUUCUCAAUAUGGGGACCGCAGGUAACCGGCGAACAGCCAGCGUGCGCUCGGUCGGCUACUCGGACCUCUUCGUCCUCAGCAAGAAGGACAUGUGGGACGUGCUCAAGGAAUAUCCGGCCGCCAGAGUACGCCUGGAAGCCAUCGCAGUCAAGAGGCUGGAGAAGUACAAGAGAGCUCCUCUGGAGAAAGCUGCUAUGGGCAGGUGCCAGAGCACACCCGGCCUGGUGGAAUCGCGAGGUCGCAUACCACUGGAGGAAAUGUGGAUAUCACCGGUCGACCUCAGGGCCACUCACGCGUACUCGACGGCCGCCUCGUUGUUCUCGCCGAGCCCGAGCCCGGUGACGGCGCGCCACUUGCCGACCGCGGGGACCCUGGCCGACGCGAACAACAUGCGUAGGGGUGCGGAGAGCCCGAUAAGCGCGGCCAGCAGCGGGCCCAGCAGCGAGGAUCAGACGGCCAGAGUGCCGCAAUCGGCCGCCACACAAGCCUCUACCGGAAGGCAGUCCACCCACUCCGGCCUGACCUGCAACAGUAUGACGCAGCUGGUGAGCGAGGGCACAACACCUCUGUUCGGCACGCACGAAGGCUCGGCCGCUCUGCUAUCGGAAAUUCAGCGCCUCCGUGAGCGUCUGAAAUGCCUGGAAAGCGAAAACGCGGCGAUGAGCGUCAAGCUGAACCAGCAGCAAUGGGAGGUCGAACACCGGUUGGCCGAAAUCGAGAUGCAGAUCUGUGGCGCAAAGCGCGGCAAGACCAAGAUCGAGCGAAUACGUCACUACCUUGUCGAAGCCGCUACCAGGUACACCGUCGGCGCUCAGCAACCUCCGGCGGAUGACGGGAGAGUCUUGAGCGACACAAAGUCGAUCGGCAGCCUGAGCCAGCACUUAUUCGACAGCGACGAAGACGAGCGUUACUACGGUACCUGCAACGGCUACGUCUCGCAGCCCGGCAGCAAGUCGAAUCUGCUGCUGUGCAGCGAAUGCGAUCACAAAACGCGUACCUGCACCUACCAGCCGCAAACACCGAGCUCGUGCGCCGGCAGGUACGUGGAGGAGCAUAUAGACGAUCGGCUCCAAGAGCCGGGAACCUCUCGUGCCUACAGAAGCCCGGUGAAACUAUCCUCUCCGCGCUCCUACCAUGGAGAGGAUCGCGUGAUGUCGCAGACGUCGUCGCCGCGAUCGUACCACGAUCCGGAGCAAGGGUUGCCAGUAACGUCACCUCGAUCCUACCGGACACAGGACCAGCAGCGGCGCGGAUGGACCACCAAAGACACGGACGAUCGAGGUGACGUCAACAGAGACCGCAACGAAAGCCCAAUCUGCGAGCUCUGCCGAGGUAACGGCUACGUCGCCACGCACUGCGAGCACUGUGACUUCUCAAGCGACGGCGACCUGAUUUGUUUCCGCUGCCACAGCGACGAGGGCUCGUCGACCGAUCAGAUCUGUCCGCGCUGCGAGCGGGAGGCUGGGAUGGCGUCAGGCGCCGCGGGCAGAUCCGGCACGACAACCGGCACGGCGACAUCCUCUAGCGAUGAGGGCAACACCAGGUAUCCGGUAGACGCCGUGGUGAAGAUUCAGGUGAACGACCGGGCGAUCGACGUCGACUCCGACGAGACCCCUGAGAGCGAGAGCUCGGGCAAUCAUCAUCCCCAGCGGGGCACGACGGAGAGGCUCGACACCAUCGUCGAGACGAAGGGCGACACUGCCAGCGAAAACGACGACGAGAACGGCGGCGGCACGAAGCUCAACGGUACCACCAGCGCCAGAUAUCUCAAUUACAUGAUCGUGCUGUUCCUGUAAAUAGACGAUGUUAAGGUAGAUGCGGCCGAGCCGCGGCCCGCGACUUGCCCGGCACGGGGAUAAAAUCGGAUGAAAGGGUGAAGAAUGGCGAGAGUCACGGAUUAUCGGUUCGUUGCGUGUGAAAUAGCAAAUUUUCUGACUCGCAAUUCCACGUAAUUUCUUGGAAAUUAACCGUAAUUGUAACCGCAGUGAAAAUAUUUUUGCUUAGAGUCGCAGCGUUCUUCUCGCUGAAUUACACGAUUGCAUGAAUUUAUUUCAAUUCAGUCUAGCAACGUUAGAAUUCGCAACGCAUCACGAUUGAUCGCGAAAUCGGAAAUCGAUGCGACGGCAAACACCGUUCACUCUUGAAUUGAUGAUGCAAACAUCCGGGGGCCGCAGCGCGAGCCGCACUGUAAAUAAACUGCCACUGGAUAUAACUGAUCCGUACGUUAUAGAUUAAUUAAUAGGUAGCUCGUAAUAGUUAAGCAGCGGAGUCGAGUGAGGGAGAAAGGAGGGGGGAGAGAAAGAGAGGGAGUGUGUGCUUAUCACGUUCGACGCGCGUAGUGUUGCCAUGAGUUGAGAUCCGUGACGCAACGGUCGACACGAUUCGAUACGCGACUCUUGGAGCGGGUCCGUGCAGAAAUUAUAAUUACUGUGCUUUCAAAAUUGAUCAUCAAAACUUCUUUUCGAAUAUUGAAAUUAAGAUUUAUGUGUUUACUAGAAUAUUAAUUUUAAAAUUUUAAAUAUUAGUCUAAAUCUUUUGUACAUUGAUGCAAAUAGACGAGAAAAAAACAGAUAUAAUUUCCUCAGAGCUUUACUUCAACAUUUUUAUUUAUUUAUUUUACUUUGACAAUUAUUGCAAUUUUUCUAAUAUAUUAAAAUUUGAUAAGAGGACAUUGGCCGUCAGUCAUAAGUAAUUACAAUUCUUGCGCAACCCCCUACUAACUCAUGUUCGGGACCAACUAAUCCAUCACCUACAUCACCACUUCCGACUUCCGUUUUGGUCAUCACCUAUGGUCAUUUGUUCGCUUGGUCGUUUGGUCAACGACGAAGGGUUAAAACACGCGGAGUAUCGCAAGUAACCUUCCGUUCCCGACGAAAAUCGACGGCGUCGUCACCUUUGUAGGCAGCGUUUCGUGAGAGUCGAACCGAACACUUCAUUUUUCCCACGACAAAAUCAGAAAAGAAAAGGAAAGAGAAGCGAUACACACUAGUGCGCGAAUCUACGGAAUUUCGUAAAAGAGGAAAGGAAAAGAGAGAAAAGAGCGAUUUCGUUCUCCUCGCACGGGACAUUUGUAACAUGCGGCAGCGCUUUUUUUAACAUUUAUAAAUCAUCGAAUAGUCUUUACUAGACACGUGCAUUUUUUAAACCUUCAUCCCCAUUCCGUGAGCAUCGCGAUAUUCCUGGAAUUUGCAGCACGUAGAAAGACAAAUCGAAUUUGCUAGAGCAACGCGAAUAAGGGAUGAAAAAGAAAGAAGACAUUCCAUUCUUCUUCCUGUUUCUUUUUCUUAUCUCUCAGAGAAGGGUGAAAAGGAUAAUACGAGUAAUCAAAGUUAAGCACAGCCGAGUGAGUCGAUGCAUUGCCGAAAGCGACGAUUGAAGCCGAUAUAAAAAUUAACAGAUUAUCUUAGCGGUUUUUAAUCCAAACAUCCAAAUCUGGAUUCGUCCAAACAAUUAUAAACUAUAACACUAAAAAUUAAUAUUGUCAUAAAUUUAAAAUUUUUUUUAAUUUGAAAAGCGGAAAAUAUCAUUCCUUUUGAUAUAAUUAUCGAAAAUAUAUAUUUGAAAAAUUGAAAAUCAAGCUUUUGCGUUUUGAAGUCUCAAAUAAAUACUUGAAAUUCACACUUGCGUCGAAAUUAUAUCGAUAUCAAUCUUUAAACUCGAAAGCAACAUCAACUCGAGAACAGGAAAUGUAACUCGCGGGACUGGGCUCAUGUCAUCUGUAUGAUAUUCACGCUGAAUAAUCAUUACCAUGUAAGGGAUUAUCCUUAAGAAGUACCAGUAUCCAGUAAACUAAUCCCGCUGAGCCGCGUGCGAGAACGCGGUAACCCGAAAGAAUGCAGAGAAACACGUAAAGGAGGAAAAAAAGAAGGAAAAAAAACAUCGUAGCUCAGUUCAGAAAAACGUAGCGAUUUAAGUGCUCUUACUACGAAAAAUAAAAACUCCAGAGAAGAUCAAGGCGCGCGCGAUUUGCACGAUCUCGUCUGUUCGAGUUACGGCGCUCUCCGCGGCCGUGCGGGAACACUAUUCUACUGCCACAUUGAUUUAGAACACCUCUGUAAGUUUGUUAGAAAUUUGUAACGUUAAGGGCGACUUCGACAAACCGUUGAGAUACCUACAUUUAUUCCCGUACACGCGCGUACGCGCGAGGCAGACGAGAUUCGAGAAGGGAUUCGAGCCUCCCCCUGUCCGAAGACGAAUUUUUCUUCACAGAACACUCGGUGGUGUCGAGAAAAGCGUCUUCUGUAAGCGAAAAAAAUUCUACGAUAAAAAAUUCUACGAUUAAAAAUCCAUUUAAGUACAUAUCUGUAAGCAGAAUUUGAAAAUUGUUUUUUUGCAGUAUUUUAGAAUUAUUUUUUAAUAAUUAAUAAAACUAGGAAGUAUAAAUGUAGGAAAAGAGUAAUAAGUUAUUCUGAUAAAUAAGUUAUUUCACACGUGCCGUUAUUCUCGAUGCCACGUACGUUCUAUAAAAUGAAUCUUAUAUUUGCAAUAAAAUCGAUCGAUGGCACUGUAGCGGCAGCUACAGAGGAAGGGGGAGCGAGGGAGGGAGGCUCGUUACGAAGGGAUGAGAGUGCGUUUAAUCCGCCUUACUUAGACAAUUAUUAUCUACAUUAUUAUACUAAAUUUAUAUGCAUGUAACGUGAGUGAUUUGCGUACGUAUGUAUAUCGUAUAUCGGCGUACCUUAAUUACAAUCCUUGACGGUAUGUGCUGUGGACAACGAUAAUUCACGAGCAACGUGUGAUCGCAACGUAGACACAGUAUGUAUGUUGUACAUAUUGCAAUUAUCAUUUGCCGUUCGUUAUCCGGAAGUAUCUUGCGUUUAGACCUUCAAUGGAAUUCUAAUCAUUAACAAUUAAUGAUCACUUGUAAAUAGUUGUUAUCAGUGCUAUAUAUUUUACGCUGUUUGACUGGCUGUGAUAUUUAUAUGUUCAGAGUUUAAUUGUGAUUAGCGGUAAUCUAUGUUGACCCUGUUAAACGUACAAACGUUAUGUGCUCCAUAAGUUUAAUCGAUUCAAUCGAUUUAUCGUAUCAAUCGCGGAAGCAUCAGAAUGAAACAAGCACUUAUUGAAACGUCAUUUAUCGAAUGCGUUAAUUAUUGAGUUUGCAACUUAUUAUUUUAUAAGAAUAAUUCUGAAAAAAACUAUUAAAGUAUUAUAAAUGCGACGAACAAAUAAUUUACACGAUACUGCAAGUAUGAUGAUAACGAUGGUGAUAAUUAUCAUCAUAUUAUUGUUACUUAUUAUAGCAUUGUUAUUAUUAUAAAUUAUUAUUAUUGGGGCUGCAAUGUUUAUAGUAUGAUAUGCUUGUUAAAUUUAUUAACGCAAAUUAACGAUUUAAGUGCCACAGUCCGAAAGAGCACGCCUGAAUCGAUUUGCAACUGACGAUAGUCACGCGUUGCUCCGAGUCGUUCAACUGGAAUAAAAUGAGGCGUAAGAGAACAUGAGAGAGUGUAAGAUAACUGUCAGGAUAGUGCGACACACUUAGUUACGACUACGGAUUACACGAACUUAUGCGAUCGAUAUCAAUUAUCAACGAUCAGCCGGAUCAUUCCUAUCAUAACUAUCACUUCCGCAUAACUGUUUGCGCGACAUUGAGUUUAUUGAGAUAUUUAUCGGUGUUACAAGCAACGUAGAUGUGUAGAAAAUUCCAUCAAAAGAUUUGCAUAACACCUGAGAUCCGUUACGGAAAGACAAAUUUAUUAAUGAUUGACACACAUUCAUCCCGCAGUUGCUCUUUUCCUAUGAAUCGAACGCACGUUCCAUCGCCUAAUUAUAUUUAACGAUUAAAAAAUAUCACAUUCCGACACUCGCGACCUUAAUUUCAGUGACAAUUGCAAUGUCCGAUCUUCCCGGAAAAGAGAAAAAAAAAA